CAAGGAAGUGAAAACACAAACAAGUGAGGAAAAGGAAGUGCAAAGAAACCAAUGUGAGAAAGAAGAUAAUGAAGUUAUGUUGCUUGGGGGUGACAUUGGCGAGAGCACGGAGGGGACACUGCUUGAGUUUACUGUCGGGGACAUUGAUUUGGAUGAACCUACAGCUGUGCUAUCUCAGUUGAACGUGUGGUUGAAUGAUAAAGGUAAAGCUGUGGCACAAGGGGUCCAAUUACGGAAAAGGAAGAGGAUCAUUCCUUUGUGGAAGAUCAUUGAAGGCAGUGAAUUGGUUCCAAAAACUGGGGCACAGACAACCGGACUGAAGAUGUUAGACCCAAUGAAGGCGAUUCCGCAUGAUGAUCUGGUGAAUUUGCUGAAACUUUGUUGGGAAUGGCGCCAGGACCCAAAUUUGGUGAUGCAAUUUGGCAACGUGGAAGCUGAGAUUGAAUUCUUCGCUUCCCUCGUGAAAGCUGAUGGUUGGCUGAAAGGAGAUGUAAGUGUAAUUGAUUAUGCAUUUGUUUUAAUGUACACACAUUAUGAGAUUGACAAGAAAAACAUGUUGCAGCACAUUGACUUGGGGUUGCAUCUCAUCCGGAAGCGACAACAACAGUUGGAGACAGAUUCGGUAGAAGUAGCGGACUGGACAACGACCGAUGUUUUUUUUAUGGUAUGUCAUCGGCCUUGA